ACUGUGGGCAAAGCAGGAUCUUGCCUUUUAGCACCAUGACUUCUGACCAUUGCAGUUCCCUCCUCAGCGGGCAGGUUUCAGAGGCCAACGCUGCCUCUCUGUGCCUCUUGGCUAAUGUGGCACAUGCCAAUCGAGUCCGUGUGGGGUCGACUCCCCUGGGCCGCCUCAGCCUCUGUCUGCCCCCAACCUGCCACACCACUUGUCCCUUGCCAGGGACCUGCCACAUUCCUGGCAACAUCGGAAUCUGUGGGGCCUACCGCGAAAACACCCUGAACGGCCACGAGAAGGAGACCAUGCAGUUCCUAAACGACCGCCUGGCCAACUACCUGGAGAAGGUGCGCCAGCUGGAGUGGGACAAUGCAGAACUGGAGACCAAACUCCAUGAGAGGAGCAAGUGCCACGAGUCCAGCGUGUGCCCAAACUACCAGUCCUACUUCUGCACCAUCCAGGAGCUCCAGCAGAAGAUUCUGUGCACCAAAUCGGAGAACAAUAGGCUGGUUGUGCAAAUAGACAAUGCCAAAUUGGCUGCAGAUGACUUCAGGACCAAGUACGAGACAGAGCGCUCGCUGCACCAGCUGGUGGAGGCUGACAUCUGUGGCCUGCGCAGGGUGCUGGACAACCUCACCCUCACCAAGUGUGACCUGGAGGCCCAGCUGGAGUCCCUGAAGGAGGAGCUGCUUUGCCUCAAGAAGAACCAUGAGCAGGAAGCCCACACUCUAAGGGGUCAGCUGGGAGACAAGCUUCGGAUAGAGCUGGACAUUGAGCCCACCACUGAUGUGAGUAGGGUUCUGGGGGAGACGCGAGGCCAGUACGAGGCCAUGGUGGAGACCAAUCGCCAGGAUGUGGAGCAGUGGUUCCAAGCCCAGUCUGAAGGCAUCAGCCUGCAGGCCAUGUCCUGCUCUGAGGAGCUGCAGUGCUGCCAGUCAGAGAUCCUGGAGUUGAGACGCUCGGUGAACGCCCUGGAGGUGGAGCUUCAGGCUCAGCACACACUGAAGGACUGUCUACAGAACUCCCUGUGUGAAGCCGAGGACCGCUACGGCACAGAGCUGGCCCAGAUGCAGAGCCUCAUCAACAAUGUGGAGGAACAGCUGUCUGAGAUCCGGGCUGACCUGGAGCGGCAGAACCAGGAGUACGAGGUGCUGCUGGAUGUGAAGGCACGGCUGGAGAAUGAGAUUGUCACAUACCGGAACCUUCUGGAGAGUGAGGACUGCAAAUUUCCCUGCAACCCGUGUGCAACCCCAGCCUUCAGCACUCCUAGUCCAGUCCCUGCAGCCUGCGCCCCCUGCUCCCGGGCCACCCAUGGGCCCUGCUCGUCAACUGGAUACUGACACACUCCUCAGCCCGAGGUGCUGGGAAAGGGGAGGUGUCUUCAGCUUGUUAGGCUUUGCUCUGCAGGCCUGCUACCUGGGCCUUGCCUCCCUGGCCAGCCAGGCAGGAGACUGAAGAGAGACAGUGCCACUCUGUGGAUAGGUGUUUGAGUCCAGCAGCUCAGCCCCUAUGGCUGGAUUUGUUUCUUCCCCUCAAGGUGUCCCAAGUGCUCCAUUUUCUCUCUUCUGUUGCCUCCUGAU